AUGUCUACGCCAUACUGGGGCCAAUUGCCCGGGCCCAAGGUCGCUCAGGUUGGCCAUGCGGGCCAUACCCGCCGCAGGUCUGAGUCGGACGACGCCUAUAAUGCUGACCGUAGAUCUUCGUUCGACGCCGCCCCAGUUCGCAGAUCGAAUCGUGGUUCUUUACAAACUCAGGCCACUGAAGCUCCUUCUGAAUCUACCUUUAGUCCUUAUGAUUCUCCCACCACUUCUAAUUUUGCUCCCCAAGGUCUAGCUCCUAGACCAUCUUCCUACAGACGUGAUAUUCCUGUUGGAGAACCUUCUAGAUCUCGUCAUCAGAGCCGACAGCAAGCAGAGUACGACGACGAACCAUUGUCACCUCUUUCAGCUGCUCCAGAAGUUCCACGCGGUCCUCCUGUGAGCUAUCGCCACCCACACGGUAACGGCGGUCCUCACACCUACACCGCCCCCGAUUCCUCUGCACCUCGCGAUCUUCACCCACAAGACGACGAUAUGGAGGACGAUUACUACCAAAGAUCCUCUGACAGGACUGGAGGUCAGAGACCUAACCAAGGCCAAGAAGAUUUCUCAAGACGAGACUCGAGCGCCGGCGCAUUCGAUCAAUUGCCCAGGAGAGGGACAACAGGCGGGUCAUCAGACCGUCGCAAACCGUUCGCAAACGACCGAUCACCCCUCCAAAGGCUUGAGCUGACGCUCGAUAGCAUGACCAAGGAGGAAAAACGCGCCCGAGUCGAAGCCGCAGAAAAGCGCGCCCGAGAGAGACAGGCAUUGAAGGCUGGAAAGCAACCUGCAGGCCAGCAAGUGCGGUCCCAUGAACGAAAACCAUCAGCCGCAUACGGUGAUAGGCGUUCAUCAGCAGGUGGUGCUUUCUUUACAGCUCCUCAGCCUUUGUCGCACAAAGACGUGGCCGGCGAUUACAGCAGAGAAGCGCCCAGAGAAGCGCCCAGAGAAGCACCUAGAGAAGCACCCAGAGACGCACCUAGGGACGCACCUAGGGACGCACCUAGGGAAGCGCCCCGAGACACCCAAAGAGACAUAUACCGCGAUGUCCCACAAGAUACCUACCCAGAGAUCCCACAGAAUGAGCGAGUAGAAUCGCCCAUCUCAGUAUACCGAGAGCUGCCUCCGCAAGUCACUGUGCAAAGAGGAGGGUCGCAUCGUCGCCGUAGUUCUGUCGCGCACCAUCCAGAAGACGACAGACACUACGCUUCAGGCGCACUACAGCAAGAGGAAUUUGAGCCUACACCUAGGCGCAUGGAUCCUCAAACUGCCAUUCCUAGAUACGUCGAACAAGACUCUGGCAUCCCUAAGCGCAACCUGAGCUUCCGCGAAAGAGCGACUCGAGAUAACGUACAGCUUCCCGAACAAAAUGUGCCAAGAUCACAGGCCCAGCCGCCUGCCCAGAGCGGAGGAUUCUCUUUGACCAGAAGUGGCAGCAAUAAACUGAAGAAACCUCCUCCAGCAGAUCUGAGCUACCCCCGUAGGGUGGUUUCCGAAAGACAGCCUGCUCCAAUGGCCUCAGCGCUAAAACAACAGCAACAGUAUGAUGACGAUGAUUAUUACUAUGACGAUCAAGAUGACCUGCUUCCCGCUCGGCAAAACACACAACAGAGUACCAGACAGAUUACCCAAGAACUCAAUGACCGUUUUACCCGCGAGAAAGAGCUUCCUCCUAACCCUUCACAAUCCGAUGAAGCACGGAGACCGUCAGUCGACUUCAUACCUGGACGCCACCAGAUGCCCAUGCCUGGUGAUAACCAGGGUAUUAAGAGGCGCGUCACUGAGCCUGUACCAAGGGUUCAAUAUACUGAUGAGGAUGAAUUCAUCCCUCCCCCCGACCGUGGCCAGUCCAUUGGCACUAGGCUCCUUGGUAGAAGGGAACCUGACAAUGGAGUCCAUGCCCAGAAUCAGGCUGCUGUUCGCAGGAAAGCUGGCAGAUCAGAUAGUUUCUCUUCUGACAGCUCUGAGGGUCAUCACGUCUCUAACAUGGUUUUCAAGCGUCCCGAAGACAUGGUACCUGGUGAUGGUCUGUACCAGCCACCUCAAUGGCUAGAUGAGUGGAAGAAGGGAACUGUUGGUACAUUGUCUGGAAACUUCCUGGAUCUUCAGGAAGCCCAAUUCUCUGAACCGGAUGGCCAAAAGGCUUGGUGGGAGCAAGAUAAGACAAAAGCCUACUCUGCGCGACCACGAAAGGCUGAGGCUUUUGAUGGCGAGUACAAUGAGCAGUCCCCUACUCGUUUCAAGCCUGCGCUGUUUAUGAAGUGCGGUCCGCUUUUGAGAUAUUGCGGAAUCAAACGUGAGAAGGUCCCUAGCAGAACAGCAACUGGUGCUUUGGUCGAACGAGAGAUGUGGCGAGGUAGCAUCAUGAUUGUCACCCAAGAUUCCGACUCUUCAUAUGACAUUGCGCCCACACUACGACUAUUUGUCCAAGGACUCGACCUGCUACCCCCUCCACCUCAUCGUAUCAAGGGUGAUUUAUCCCCUGAAUACAUCGAUCCUAUUGCUGGUCACCCCAAGGUGGGACGCAGAGGAGAAACCCUUUACGUCCGCCCUGUGGACCAGCUAGAUGAGGAGAAGGAUCUCUCGCGUGAUGAGACCGAUCAUGGACUCUUCGAGCAGACUCGCAGCGCUCUUGAUCACUCCGCCCCUGAUGGCCCAACUGAUUUGCCUGGGUCGUUUGCUAGCCGCAGAAAGCGUAUUGGAACCGAUGGCGAGAAGGUACAGAAGUACAAAGAUGUGAGAGGCUUCAGGCUACACGCGGAACGUGGAUGCACUUUCUGGCGCUUCAAUAUCGAGGUUGAGCUCCGUGAUAAGCAGCAGCGCAUCGCGUAUCGCAUCAACCGCGGACCGGCUACAGGUUUCUGGGUACCCGCUCAAACCGAGACGAUGAACAUGAUGUUCCACAGUUGCAACGGCUUCAGCAUGAGCGUGAAGCCUGAUGAGCUGAGCGGCCCUGACCCCAUGUGGCGCGAUGUGCUCAACAACCACCAAAGCCGACCUUUCCAUCUUAUGAUUGGUGGCGGUGACCAGAUCUACAACGACUGUGUGUCGAAGGAAUGUAGCCUCUUCAAAGAGUGGCUUGACAUUCGCAACCCUAUUCAUAAGCACACUGCCGCUCUUACUCCUGAGAUGCAAGCUGAGCUGGAGAACUUCUACCUCGAGCGAUAUUGCAUGUGGUUCUCCCAGGGAUUGUUCGGUCUUGCAAGCUCGCAGAUCCCUAUGGUCAACAUGUGGGAUGACCAUGACAUCUUUGACGGAUAUGGAUCUUAUCCUCACCACGACCAGAAGUCCCCCGUCAUGACUGGUUUGGGAGCAGUUGCGUACAAGUACUAUAUGCUGUUCCAGCACCAGUCUGUUCUCACUGAGAUGGAGAACACCGAGUCAAGCUGGAUCCUCGGCGCGGAACCUGGCCCCUACAUUGGUGAGCUUGGCCGCAGUCUGUUCAUGUCUGUUGGUUCAAGGGUUGGACUUCUCGCCGUCGACUGCCGCACAGAAAGGACAGAGCAUGAUGUUGUUUCUGAUAAGUCAUGGGAGAAGAUCAUGAACCGACUUUACGCAGAGGUCCGCCGUGGACAAGUUGAACAUCUACUGGUACUGUUGGGUAUUCCUAUUGCAUACCCCAGACUGGUAUGGUUGGAGAAUAUCUUGACAUCCAGACUUAUGGAUCCUGUGAAAGCUCUCGGACGAACCGGUGUCCUUGGUAAGGCUCUUAACAACAUUGAUGGUGGCGUUGAAGUCUUGGACGACCUGAACGACCACUGGACCGCCAAGAACCACAAGCAGGAGCGAUCUGUUGUGGUUGAAGACUUGCAGGACCUUGCUAUCGACAAGUCUCUUCGAGUCACCAUCCUCAGUGGUGACGUCCACCUUGCGGCCGUUGGACAAUUCUACUCCAACCCCAAGCUCGGCCUCGCGAAGCACAAGGAUCCACGAUACAUGCCUAACAUUAUCUCAUCAGCCAUCGCCAACACGCCACCUCCUGACUUGAUGGCCGAUGUGUUGAACAAGAGGAACAAGGUGCACCACUUCGACAAACAGACCGACGAGGACAUGAUUCCCCUCUUCCAGCAAGGAGUUGAUGGCAAACCUAGAAACAACAAGCAUCUUCUCCCACACCGAAACUGGUGUGCCAUUCGCGAAUGGCAACCAGGCACUACCCCGCCUCCAACACCUCCUGGAUCUUCUGACGGUAGAAGCCCAAGUCCCCCUUCUAAGCCCCAAGGCGGCCUUCUUCGGAGAUUGUCCUUGUCUAGGAGCAAGUCUACAUCUUCCGAUGUGCGCCCUGACUUGAACAGAGAGACUGUUCGCGGAUCUCGGCCCCCAGUUACUCGAGGCGGCGGCGGUCUAUUCCGCAGCUUGUCACGACGCAACUCGACAAGCUCAGAGCGACCUCCUCCAGCCAAGCUUCAGCGAUCCAUGUCUGUUGACCAGGCUCCUGAAGGCAAGAAAGCCGGAUUCUUUAGCUUUAUUCGACGACCUAGUCAGCAUCGUGCUGAUGAUGGUGGUAUCAAUGGCAACUGGGGAGAAGAAGAGUAUUACGAUGAUGAGGAGUAUUGGGAUGAGCCGCAAUCUCCUCGACGAGGAGGCGGUCAUCCUUCAGGUAUGCGAGGUGGAGCAGCAUACGACGAGUACACUGAAGGCGACGACUCGUACUUUAUGGCCCAGCCCCAACGGGCCCAAACGGUUGGAUCGCGAGCCAUGUCACACUCGCGAGAGGCCGUUGGUUAUAUCCCUCCUGGACCACGUCCGGGAAACUUUUACCGAACACCUACAGGUCUUUCGACCAAACAGAAGAAGCAGGCCACCAAGUAUGCGGUUGACCUGGAGGGUGGGUUGGAUAUCACCCUGAACGUCGAGAUCAACCCCAAGGACCCUGCCGGCAUCACCAAGCCGUACAGAUUGCUGGUGCCGAAGCUGUUCUACGACUACGAAGCCGAGAACGAGGCACAAGACGUGCCGGAAGCUGAGCCGGAGAUGGCACAAGCUGGAGCUGCGGAUCCUGCGGAGCCGAGUGGAUUUAAGAGACUGCUCAGCUUCCGCAAGAAACCAAAGAACCCUCCUCCCAUGGAGGAUGACGAUUAUAGUGAAGAUGAAGAUGACGACAUUGAUGUUUACCGUGUAAGAUAA